AUCGCAGUGAAUCCUAGUCCCGACCCUCAUGAAAGACGGGGUUUGGCAUUGGAUGGGGGGGAGCCCCACAUGGCUGAGUGUGCCUCUUUAAAUGAGGUAAAGGAUGAGAUUUGUGGAGUUUAAUCUGGUAAAGACAUUCCAAAGAGGGCAAGACAGAUUAUUGCUGCUGCAGGAUGUGGGUAUGGGCGCUGCUCCCCAUCUUCUUGGCCAUCAUCGCCACAGGAGGUAUCUGGGCCGUGUAUGGGAUGGCGGUGGUCAAUGGGUCAGUCAACAUCACCGUGGAGUUCCCCUACAUCAGUGACCUGGGUUUGCAUCAUCAGGUACCAGCAGGUGGUGGACUAUGGGUAUCAAUCCUCCCUCAACAUCCUCAGCUUGGUGGCUGGUUGUCUUUGUGCACUGGGCGGCUCACUGGUGGGAAAUUUCCAGACUGUCAACCAGAUCUAUGUCCACCUGCUUGGAGCGUUCCUGUCGUUCUUCAUCGGCAACCUGUAUUUCUGGCUGCAGGUGGUGCUGAUGUACAGGCUCAAGCCCAGGCACGGGGGAUGCUGGGUUGGCCCUCUGAGGAUCAUAUGCAACCUGCUGGUCACGGUUUGCCUCGUCCUAGUGGUGGUGCUGCAUCUGUGGGAGCAUCGGACGGCGGCGGCCAUUUGCGAGUGGGUGGCGGGUAUCGCCCUGCUCUUCCUCUUCGGCCUCUUCGCCGUGGACUUUGGCCACAUCGACGGCCACUACUUCCACGUCAUGAGGGAGAAGAGCGCCAUGCAGACCUCGGUCACCACCCUGGAGCUGUAGCAGCAACAACUGCCCCGGCUGCAAGACAGACGGACGGACUGUGGCCCAGAGCCAAGGCUCCCUCCAUCUGCCUCUACCUCAAUGGAACGUGAGGGGACUGCACAUUUUGCCACGCUCCCUUGAGGACAUUUUGCCACGCUCCCUUGAGGACAUUUUACCACACUGCCUUGGUGGAGGACAUUUCACCACGCUCCCUUGAGGACAUUUUACCACACUGCCUUGGUGGAGGACAUUUCACCAUGCUCCCUUGAGGACAUUUUACCACACUGCCUUGGUGGAGGACAUUUCACCACGCUCCCUUGAGGACAUUUUACCACGGUCCCUUGGUGGAGGACAUUUACCACGGUCCCUUGCUGGAGGAUAUUUUACCACGGUCCCUUGCUGGAGGACAUUUUACCACGGUCCCAUGGUGGAGGACAUUUUACCACAGUCCCUUGGAGAUCAUUUCACCACGCUCCCUUGAAAUACAUUAUUUACUGCACUCCUUUAAAGCAACUCAGGACAUUUCACCACACUCCCUUGAAACAUUAAACCAUGCCAAAAAGGAGCUACAUAAAUGCAGAUUACUACCAGCAUGUAAGAAUCAAUGCAAACCGCAGGUAGUUUUAUGUUACUUGCUAAUAUCAGGGAGAAAUAAUAUCAGUCUUAUGAUUAACAUUCUUAUUUCAUUCCAGUUUUGCUGAUCAGUGUUUGAAUUUGAUAUUUUAGUUUAGU